AUGGAAGCUAUAGUAAAGAACGCUAUACAGCAAUUUUGUGAAGAAAAUAACAUCUUGCAGGAUUUUCAACAUGGCUUCCGGAGAGGACGUUCCUGCCUCUCAAAUCUGCUAGCUUGUCUGGAGAUCUGGACCAGGGCUCUAGAAGAGGGUUUUGAGGUCGAUGUCGUAUACAUCGAUUUCCGCAAAGCUUUUGACACUGUCCCACACCAACGUCUUCUUCACAAAUUGAGCGACAUCGGCAUCCAGGGAGAUCUUCUGAACUGGAUUAGGGCGUUUCUGGUUGGUCGGAAACAACGUGUCUGUAUCGGGGAUGACAUGUCAGAAUGGGUGAAUGUGACCAGUUGUGUGCCGCAAGGCUCAGUUCUGGGACCAUUGCUCUUCAUCCUUUACGUUAACGACAGCCUUCAGGAAAUCGACUGCGGCAAAAUAAUGUUUGCAGACGUCGUUAAGCUCUGCCAAAUCAUUAAGGGUCCGCAUGAUCAGAGAUCCCUUCAAGAUGAUCUGCACCGACUGCAAGCGUGGUCGAAGAAAUGGAUUCUGGAUUUCAAUGUGGAGAAGUGUGCCGUCCUUCAUCUGCGUCCAACCAACUCUCAUUCAAAUGAGAGUCUGAGGACUUAUCACCUGAAAGAUAUAAGGCUCCCCGCAGAAUCUUCACAGAAGGAUCUCGGAGUUUGGAUACAGAACAACCUGAAACCAACACUGCAGUGUCACAAGGCUGCAAAAAACGCCAUGGGAGUGCUGCAUGCAAUAAAAAGGGCUUUCGUAAAUUUUGACCAAGACCUUUUUGGGGGAGUUUACGGCACAUUUGUUCGGCCCCACUUAGAAUAUGGCAUACAAGCAUGGCGGCCAUGGCUGGUAAAAUACCAAGAAUGCCUCGAACGGGUACAACGGCGUGCAACAAAGCUGGUAAACGGUCUAAAAAGCCAAUCCUACACAGACAGACUGAAUUGCCUUAAUUUAUUCCCUCUGUGUUACAGGCAGCAAAGAGGUGAUCUUAUCCUCGUCUACAAGAUAAUACAUGGCCUUGAGUAUGGGCUUAAAUUUGAGGACAUGUUUCAGUGGCACCUUUCACCCAAUCUUCGUGGUCACUCGAUGAAGUUACGGACAACAAUGUCCAGGCUGAAUCUUCGUUCUGAAUUUUUCACGCAGAGGGUAGUGGAGAAACGGAACGAUCUCCCUCAGUCAGUCGUGGAGGCUACAUCCCUGCAACUCUUCAAGAAACGCUUGGAUGAUUAUUUGUGUCCCCUGUUUUCCCUCGACGGUCUGAAUCUGAACUAA